AUGACUACCAAUCUGCAGCAAAACAUCAAACGCGAAAGUUUCUUAGAGGGAAUAAAAUCUCUUCGAACCUCGUCACAUCCCCUGAAUAGUGGUACAGGAACUCAGAUAAAUAAUAACAACAACAGCGACAACGGAAGACAAUAUAUCAACAACAGCAGUGGAAAGCAGUGGAAUGCGGAGAUCCAGAAAUUCGUUGAUAUCAAGCAGAAGGAGGACUUCAGCUUUCGUGGGCCUGUUGGUCUCUGUCUCCGGAAAGCACCAGUUAUCGCACGAGAGCUCUUUAUUAGCCGUGUCUCUGAGCUUGAUCAAAUGACAGCGCACUUGCAUGGAACUCAACGUCAACCAUGCCUAGUUCUCAGUGGGAUGGGUGGCAUCGGCAAAACUCGACUUGCUCUCACCUACGCCGAGUCGCGAUCUGAUUUUUAUGGCGCAGUCUUCUGGAUUAAUGCAACAAGCGAAGCUACACUUAUAGGUAGCUUCCACUCGAUUGCAGGCAUCAUUUUUGAAAUACAAGACUCUAAACUUUUAGAGGGCAAGGAGGUGAUCGGGCGUGUGCACCACUGGCUUUCUGAUACAAAAAAUCCUAGCUGGCUCAUAAUUUUUGAUAACUACGAUGAUGACUCAAACCAGUUCAAUAUCAGUGACUACUAUCCACCUACCUCUCAAGGCGCUAUUAUCGUCACUACCCGACGACAACAUAUUGUUAAUGGACGCACCGAAACUCUAAAUAUCAAAGCUUUUCAAAACAUUGAAGAUAGCCUUGCGAUCCUGGAAACCCGCUCAAAACGACUAGAUGUUCAAACUGAUCCUUACGCAAAGCUCCUCGCAAAGCGACUUGCUGGCCUUCCUCUUACUUUUGAGCGUUACCUACAAGAAUAUGAAAACCGCUGGAACAUUGAUCCCUGUCGCCCUACUCAGCUCCAGGAUUAUCGUGAACAUACACUCUAUACGACAUGGGAUAUCUCAUACGACUCUCUAAAGAAAGAAGACUUAGAUGCGGCAGAGCUACUCAAACUUUUGGCUUACUUUGGUAACCAGGGCCUUUGGUAUGAGCUUUUUUCUGAAGGUCUCACAGAACGGUCUCCGGAAUGGCUUCACAAUGUUCUCACAGACGAUUUGUCUUUUCAGGGAGUCAUGAGAGUCUUAACUCAAUGGUCCUUUCUAGAAGUCGAUUCAUCAUCAGGAUCAUGGAGUAUGCAUAACUGCGUUCAUGACUGGACGUUAGCCGUACUAAAUAAGGAUAUCAGCACACAGUAUUACUGGUUUGCUAUAGAUUGUGUCAAUGCGACUACUAGAGGAUAUGACACGAAUUAUUUUGGGAAUAUAGUUUUUUCCCGCUUAACUAGUCACGCAACACGACUAGCAAAUCAACGGUUCCUUGAUAUGAUUUAUUAUCCUACACCUGAUCAGCUUGAUCAAUUAUCAUUUACUUCACGAUUGCUUCAACAUCAAAUUCAGCUUACUACUGCCGAGCGGAUGUAUAUAUGGGUACUAGCUGGGAGGGAGAAAGCGCUCGGACCAGACCACACAUCGACCCUUGACACCGUCAACAAUCUCGGCAACCUAUAUAGUGAUCAAGGAAAGCUGGACGAGGCCGAGCAGAUGUAUAUGCGGGCGCUAGCUGGGAGGGAGAAAGCGCUCGGACCAGACCACAUAUCGACCCUUCGGACCGUCCACAAUCUCAGCAACCUGCGGGCGCUAGCUGGGAGGGAGAAAGCGCUCGGACUAGACCACACAUCGACCCUUGAUGCCGUCAACUCUCUUAGCAGCCUCCAACAUCAUUAUGGCAAGCGUAAUAAGGUGAAGCGAAUUUACAUGCGUGUGAGGGCUAGCAUGAGAUCAUAG